GAAAGAAAGGUUGCCAUGACUUUUUUCAUAUAUAGUAGUAUUGCCUUUGCAUGACAGAGUCCUUAAGCUCUCAAAAAUGAUUCCAAAGGUAUCUGCCGAUUUCUUUGUCAUUGUCACAAUUGUGUUGCUUUGCUUGUUCAGUUUAAGUCACAGUGAAUGUAAUUUCAAGGCAAUUUUCAACUUUGGGGAUUCAAAUUCAGAUACAGGUGGUUUUUAUGCUGCUUUUCCUGGUGAGUCUGGCCCUUAUGGAAUGACUUACUUUAAAAAACCAGCAGGCAGGGCUUCAGACGGAAGACUCAUUAUUGAUUUUCUUGCUCAAGCUCUUGGAUUGCCAUUUUUGAGUCCAUAUCUGCAAUCAAUUGGAUCUGAUUAUAAACAUGGGGCCAACUAUGCUACAAUGGCAUCCACCGUGCUUAUGCCUAAUACUUCUUUGUUUGUCACUGGUAUCAGUCCUUUUUCCCUUGCUAUCCAACUCAACCAAAUGAAGCAAUUCAAAACCAAAGUUGAGGAAAAAGUUGAGCAAGGAAUCAAACUUCCUUCAUCAGACAUAUUUGGAAAUUCUCUUUACACAUUCUACAUUGGCCAAAAUGAUUUUACUUUCAACUUAGCAGUCAUUGGCGUAGGUGGAGUACAAGAGUACCUCCCUCAAGUUGUUUCACAAAUUGUUGCCACCAUUAAGGAGCUAUAUAAUCUUGGAGGACGUACAUUUAUGGUUCUUAAUCUUGCACCAGUUGGGUGUUACCCUGCAUUCUUGGUGGAGUUUCCUCAUGAUAGUUCAAACAUUGAUGAUUUUGGAUGUUUGAUUUCUUACAACAAUGCGGUACUGAACUAUAAUAACAUGUUGAAAGAGACAUUGAAGCAAACCAGAGAAAGUCUUUCUGAUGCUUCUGUCAUCUAUGUGGACACCCAUUCUGUCUUGUUGGAGCUUUUCCAACAUCCCACUUCUCAUGGGCUUCAAUAUGGUACAAAAGCGUGUUGUGGAUACGGAGGGGGUGACUACAACUUCGAUCCAAAAGUUUCUUGCGGCAAUACCAAAGAGAUAAAUGGAAGCAUAAUGACAGCUACAACCUGUAAUGAUCCCUACAACUAUGUCAGUUGGGAUGGGAUCCAUUCCACAGAAGCUGCAAACAAGCUUAUUACCUUUGCCAUUCUCAAUGGAUCUUUUUCUGAUCCCCCUUUCAUAUUUCAGGAACACUGUGAUCUUCAACCUAUAGGUUGAAUCCACAUGGAGUUAUUUCUUGAUUAAUAAAUGAUGAUGGUUAAACUA